AUGGGCAUUCUUCAAUCUCUCAUCAUUGUCUGCAUUCUUUCCUUGAUUUCUUCCUCCUCUGACACUCUUGCUCAGCAACCUUACGAGGGGGUAGCGAUCAAUAAUGCUUGUGCAAACACAGAUAAUUCGACUUCUAUUCUUGGUUACUCCUGCAAUGGCGUCAACCCAACUUGCCAGUCUUACCUCAUCUUCAGAUCUCAGACCCCAUACUACACAGUUUCUUCCAUCGCUGCUCUCUUCGGCUCCGACCCAUCUCAGCUAGCCCAGAUCAAUUCAGUCUCCCAGACUUGGUCCUUCCAAACAAACCAGGAGGUGAUCAUUCCCGUCAAUUGUUCCUGUUCUGGUCCAUAUUAUCAGGCAAACACUUCUUUUAAUGAACAAUUCGGAGUAUUCAACGUGGCUUAUAACACCUACCAAGGUCUUUCUACUUGUCAACCUAUCCAGAACCAAAACAGCAUCUCUAUAUUUCCUACGAAUGAUGACCAAACGAUUACUGUACCUCUUCGAUGUGCUUGUCCCACCAAAAAUCAAAGUGAUUCUGGCAUCAAAUAUCUACUAACUUUCCCAAUACAACAGGGUGAUUCUAUUUCCAGUGUAAGUGCGCAGUUUGGAGCUAAGACCAUGGAGACCCUUGCAGCUAAUGAGCUUCCUAACACCAACAACCCCACUCCUACCCUUUUACCAUUAACAACCCUCCUUGUUCCUUUACGGAAUCCACCAACCGGUUCUCAACUCAUAAGCCCACCAACUUCUUCAUCCUCUCCAUCAUCACAGUGUAAAAUAUGGGUCUAUGUCGUUAUUGCUGCUGCCUCUUUUAUCAGCUUCAACUCUAUGAGAAUGUAA